CAACAGAAAGGGAAACAAAUCCAGUUUAAACGCCUUGAGUCUUUUGUUCGAGAUUCAUGGCGCAAAAACCGAGACAACACCCGCCUGAGGCGCAUGGGGCAGAAACCUGGACAGACCGAGCCACCGCAGGAACAGAAACUGGCCUUUGUUGUGCGGAUUGCAGAUAUUAAGGGAGUGAGUAAAAGAGUAAGAAGAGUGAUUGAGUUGCUGCGGCUGAGAAAAAAUUACACUGGAAUGUUUGUUAAACUGACCCCGCUAUCGCUGAAGAUGCUGCGGAUUGUGGAACCUUACGUGGCGUGGGGAUACCCCAACCUGAAAUCUGUACGAGAGCUCAUCAUGAAACGGGGCCAAGCCAAGAUUAACAGAAAGAGGAUGCCUCUGACAGACAAUAUGUUGAUAGAGGAACAUUUAGGGAGCUUUGGUAUUAUUUGCCUAGAAGACCUUAUUCAUGAAAUAUACUCAGCUGGGAAGUAUUUCAAAAAAGUCACAAACUUCCUAUGGCCAUUCCACCUGUCAGUGGCUCGCUACGCUUCACGUAACAAAGUGGGUUUCCUCAAAGAAAUGGGUCAGCCUGGCCACAGAGGUGAAGCCAUCAACCAGCUUAUACGUCAGCUGAACUAG